GUAUUAUUUUAAUAUGUCAAAUUCGGAGGAAAAUACUUAAAAUUUUCAUUUCAGUUUUCAGUGCGAAAAGUGAAGAAAACUGAUCUCUUUUCCAGCAUAACUAACAAUUUCAAUAAUAAAUAAUGACCAUGUGGAACUACAAAUUAGAUUUUAUUGUACACUAACGGCCAGUGGACCAAUUUGCGACCGAUUUCGGCAGAUCAUGUGAUGUGUUAUUGUGAUUAUCAAUAGGCAAAAUGUUGAGCCGAUUUUCUGAUGUCCUCCAAACUGCAGCGGAUGUGCUAGCACCACCGGCAACGCGCCUGGAAGAUUUUGAAUAUCAUUGGAAGCUGAUACUGAAUUUUUAUCAAAACUAUGACCAGAAUUGUAAAGAACGCGUUGAGGAGACGAGGAUUCCGCACCAUCUCAAUGAAAUGCUGCAGCUAAUAGUAGACGAAGAGAAAGAGCAGCAAGGCGGUACGGUCGGCCCGUGCCUCGAAGCCAUCAUCCAGCGACGGGUGUGUCUACUGGACGCGCUGACUGCCCUCGCCGCCUCGGACCGGCCCCCGGGGGCGCGGGCCCUGGCUCUCAGCACGGGGACGGCGCUGCUGCGGCGGACGAGGCAGCCGUGUGUUAAUAGUGCACAUGUUUAUAGGCCUUUGCAGAGAAUGUUAAUACAAUGCAGCGAAAGCCCAGCAUCACCCACAGAAAAAGACGAAGUAGAAUUACUCCUAACUAUCUGUGGUUUAGUAAGAAAAGAACCAGGACUAGCAAAUAUCUUCACUACGCCAUUCGUAGAAGACCGAACAUCUUUACUAAGCAUACCAGAAGACAUCCUUAAACUAAUACCAAUAAAGGCCAAAGUGCAAACUCCAAAGAAAAACCCGUUGUUCGAAGUAGAACUACCACCAAAUCCUCUGGCUAAUGUCUCUAUAAUCCGGACGAAUAGGAAAGACAGUUACUGCAAUGCAACAGAAAGCAGUUCAGCUGGUGAUGAUAAUGUGUCGUGUAAAAGCAAUAAGACGGUGUAUGAUGAUAAUGAUAAGUUCCUGCUUAUAGACCUACUGCUAUCUUAUUUGAAUAGUGCGGACAACCAAGUGGUCCUCCGAGCCUGCGAAGGCAUCAUGAUAGUGUUCUCUCUGCCCUGCGACGACAUCGCGCAUCUCGUGAGCGGUUGUAGUGCGGCGUGUGAGGCGCUGGUUGAACAGCUAGCCGCCAGGUUCAAGUGCGUGCCGGCCAACAUCGACGCGGGUUGUGUGGACACCAGAUACAGUACUUGGGGAUACGUGCCACAAGAUUUCGGAGAAAAGGCCUACAACAAAUUCCUCGGCUACAGAGAACUCACGUCUUUCUUCUCUUGGCUCGACUACUGUGAUACUUUGAUGAAGGAAUGCCACCCAAUAAUAGCGACGCACUUAGCUCGCAUAUUCCGCCAGAACUUUCUCGAGGCGACCGUGGAGUGUGGCCUCACAGACUUGCACCACACAGUGGUAGUGACGGCCAUUGUCAGCAAGUGCUUGAAGGUUAUUGACAGUCAGGAGCUUAUUAAUGAGUUUUCAAACUGGCUAGUUGGAGACGGUGAAGUGUGCGAGUGGCCAAUUCUGCACAAACUGAUCAACAACUGCCUCACUAACUGCCAUGAAUUGACCUUGGAGACACUCAAGUUCUUUGAGACAAUAAUAGAGCGUCCCACGGAGCACAGCAUACAGAAGCUCGUCCUGUCCCGGCUGUGCACUCGCGGGUACUACUCGCCUCAAACAGACGCGAGGAGCGACGAUGAUGAAAGAGAUAGACUGAACGACGUGUCGCUUUGGCAGGAGCGGGAGAGGAAUAGAGAAGCCAUGAAGCAGCUGCAACACGAGGACCACGUGAACGAGCAGAUCUCCGACAUUCUGUCGCACGAGGGCGUGGCGGGGGCGCGGGGGGGAGACAACAUACACAGGGUCAUUAACAGUUUUCUGCUGUUGCUACCGCGCGCCAUUUUGUCCGAUCCGGUGGGUGCUGACUAUGAACAGUACAUCCACGAUGCCCAUAGACAUUAUCAGGUAUGGCUCGAUUUGACUUCAACAUUCAGCACUAACUGGAUAGACACCACGGCGGGUUCGACCCAUAGCUACGACAGCAGACCGGAAGCUGAUAUCCACCUAGACGAAGUCUUCGAAAAACCGGUUAAUACCGGUCACCCCAACACUAUUAGAGAGAAAAGUUUUGCCGCGCAAACUUUUGACAGCCAGUGUUGCACGGAAGAGGAUGUGAAAAGCAAUAAAAUAGGAAAAUGUAACAAGCCAGCAUCGGAAUGUUUCUCCCAAAGAUUAGUUUUGAGAUCGAACUCAAGAGAUUUGACUUCAACUCCGGAUGAAGAGGAGUUUGAUGAGGGCCCGUUUCUGAGAAUGUUGUUCAAAUUGCUGGCUAAUAUGACUAUGCAGCCAUACCAAGUCAACUUGCAUGUUACGUGUAUUAUUUCAAAGUUGGCACUCAUGCCGCAUCCGCAUUUGCACGAGUAUCUGCUGAACCCAAUGUUGCCAACUGCGAAAAAGACACAGACGUUGUUCAAAACUCUUCAGGAAGUAGCAAAGAGGUUGACUAUGGAGAUACCGAGGUUAAGAAAUUACAAGAAGUUGAUUGAGAAUACAAGGAUGCAGCUGAUGAGCGAAGACCCUGCUUACGAUGAGAGCGGCGACCACAACCAACUAGUAGAAAGCCUGAUAGUGCUAGAAGAGUUCUGCAAAGAGCUAGCCGCUAUAGCCUUCGUCAAGUACCAACAUUCCAUCCUCUGUAGGUAAUCGGGCAAGCAAUAAAUAUUAUAUUUAUUUAGAUCUCUCAAAACAUAAAUUGCUAAAUGGAUAACAAAUUUUUUAUUUCCGUCUAUCAUUUUGAAUGAAAAUGUUAGGGUGUAACGUGAAUUUUAAUUUUAUUACAUCAACAUCGCUUGUAAGGUAUUUAUUAAUUGAAUUAUUUGUUGUUAACUUGAAAUUCUAGUUUGUAUCUACUGGAUACUUUCUCACUUCCAGAUAGAGGGUGCAGAAUAUUACUCUAGAAGAUCAUUAGUCACUUCACUAAGCGUAUGACGGUAAAUUAGUUUUCAAAGUAUAGUCUCAAAAUCUACGCUCGCAAACAGCACACUGUAAGCAGAGUGCAAGUUUUGAAAAGAAAAUGAUUUCCUAUUUUACAUAAUAUAUACAAUGCAGCGCCUUAGCGCCCCUAGUGAUAACUGCGAUGGAACAGUCAGAAUUCAUAUGAAUUCUUAUUUCAGUUUAUUUAAAUUGUUAAAACUGGCUUAGCACAUUUACAACCCCGAUUCAAAAUGUGGAAAUAAUUUUCGUGAUACAAAUAGAUGCUGCUAUAGCCUAUCAGUUGAACAAAACAAUACAGUUAGGUAUAUAAUUUAUUAUUUUUAUGUCUAUUCAAAUUCGGCAUUUAUAAAAUAGAAUAGUUAAA